UGUCAAAAAUAAUGAUUCUGGACAAGGUGGCUAAUGGGAUUGUUCCUGAAUCUCCUCUCAAAUUGUUGAAUGGAAGCUGGGAUGAGCUUGAAGACCCAAGCUUAAUACCAGAUGCUAUUACUGAUUUGAUUGGAAAAAGUUUCACAUUUGGAGUCUAUGUUGAGAAGGAUAAUGUAUCUUAUGGUGCUGAGAUAUUCAAAGUUGGAAAAGUCUACAAAGACAGAAUGAUUUGCUUAACUGGUGGAAUCACAUCCAGUCACUCUGAAAAGCCGUUGACAAUUACAAGUGGUGAUGAGGGUUCAGUUUAUUUCACUGAUAGUCAAGAACUUAACGACUCCGUGACCACACCAUCCAGUAAGAGAAAAGAAGAUGAUUCUAUUUCUCUGCCUGACAUCA